AUGGUAGGAGAAAGUAAUAUAAAAAAACGAAAAAAGAGACAUUCGAAAAUGUUAGAUGAUAAAAAAGAAGUAUCUGUAGAAGUUGGAGGCUUGGAAAUAGAAGAUGAAGAUCAAGAUAAUAAUGGAUCCAAAAAAAAGAAGAAGAAUAAAUCGGACAAUUCUACAGUUCAGAAAAAAAGAGUUUAUGAUACAAAAGACGUAUCUGCAGAUGCUGAAGGUUUGGAAAUUGAAGAUGAAGAUAAUAAAGGACCUAAGAAAAAGAAAAAAAAGAAGAAUAAACCAGACAAUUCUACAGUUCAGUCCAAUAAAAAUAAAUCGAUUAGACAAAUCAAGAGAGAAAAGUUUGCACAACGUCAAGCAGAAAGUUUAGCUGCAGCCAAGGAACAAACAAAAUCAGAAUGUUUAAAUUACCUAUCUCAGUGGAAAUACCAUCGACAAAAUUGGAAAUUUAUGAAAGCCAAACAGGUUUGGCUGUAUAAGAAUAAAUUUUCCGAAAAUUUAGUACCAAAAGAAUCAUGGUCUUUACUUUUAGAAUAUUUUGAAUCUGCAAAAGGCAAUAUUAGGAAUAUGUUGUUAGAUGAUGCAAACAAGAUUAUUAAACAGAUGGAUGACUGGACAGAAUCACAAACAAGUGUAGACAAAAAUGAAGAAGAAAAUGAAGUGACUGAGAAUGAGCUAAAAAAACCAUCUGAAGCAGUAUACAAGAGAGCUAGGGACUUGAUACAAUUUUUGCAAGAAUAA